GAGUAAAUAAAUUACAAAACCAAACCAUGACAAGAAAGAAGGUGAAGUUGGCUUACAUUCCUGAUGACUCAGCAAGAAAAGCAACUUUCAAGAAAAGGAAGAGGGGAAUUCUGAAGAAGGUGAAUGAACUCAGCAUUCUAUGCGGCAUUGAAGCUUGUGCUAUAAUCUCGAACCCUUUUGAAUCUGAAGAAGCAGAGGUUUGGCCAGAUCCAGAGAGGGCCAGAGAAGUGAUUGAGAAGUACAGUAAUUCAUCUGUGAUUGACGAAAGUAAGAACAUGAAUCAAGAAAGCUUCAUGCUGCAGAGAAUCGCUAAAGCGAAGGAGUUGCUGAAGAAGAAGCGUAAGGAGAAUCGUGAAAAGGAGAUGCUUCUUUCCAUGUAUAAGUACAUGAAAAGUGAUCAAGAACUACCGGAUAACAUGACUGUUGCGGAUUUGAAACAACUUGAUAAUCUCAUUGAUCAGAGUAUGAAGGACAUUGAAAUUAAGAUGGUUCUUGAAGAUGAUGAUGAAUAGAUAUAUGUGUAUGUUCAUGUUAUUAUUAUGUUUGAUGAGAAGUGCAAACCUUGAAAUAAAAUAAAACUUCUUGUAUUCAUGAGCUUUAAUGUCAAUGCGGAAGGGUUAGCCUGUUUUAAACAGGUUUAAUUUUAUCGUUUUAUAUAUUAAUUGAUGUUUAUUUUGUGUUGGAUUCAUGGCUGGGUCUAUUCUAUCUCCUGUAUUUCUUUGUGUUAUAAGGACUCCUUAUUUUAUAAUGGUGAUGUAAUCUA